AAGAUAUACAAUACUUGAACAUGAGUUACGCCGAUUAUGAUGCUUUCAAUGGUGGCUUUGAUGCGGCCGGUGGUUUUAGUGAAACCAAUAUGGAUAAUGGUGGACAACAUUCUCAAAAAGCCCAAACCCGUUCAACUUUAACUCCAGUUACAAUUAAACAAAUUCACGAAGCUCAACAAGAUACUCCAGAUAGUGAAUGGAAAAUAAAUAAUGUUGAAUUAAGCAUGGUUUCGAUUGUUGGUGUGGUGAGAAAACUCGAAAAUACUUCUUCUGCCUUAAUCUUUACUAUCGAAGACGGUACCGGAUCUUUCGAUAUUAGAAAAUGGGUUAAUGAUGAAGAAACUUCGGUUGAUUCUGAAUACGAAUAUUACAAACCUUUUGAAAGUAAAUACGUUCAUGUUACAGGGGUUUUGAAAAUGCAAUCAAAUAGAAAAGGUAUCAAUCAAUCAAAUAUUAAAUUAGUCAAUGAUCAUAAUCAAGUUCUCUAUCAUCAAUUGAGCGCAAUCAAAGUCCACUUGGAAGCUCAAGGUGCUUUCAAUAAACUCAACGCGCCAGGUUCAAAUGAUGAUAAUAAAUUGUUCGUCAGUGAUGGUGAUCAUAUUAGUAGUGGUGCCCCUGCUGGUUCUUUAAAAGAUCAAAUACAUCAAAUCAUUAGAGCUAACACUGCCACUAUGAAUGAAGGUGUUCCCCUUGCUUAUAUUGCCCAAAAACUUAAUUUACCACCAGCAAAAGUCGAGGUUGUUGGUCAAGAAUUGGUUGAAGAAGGUGCUAUUUAUAACGGUUACGAAGAUAAUACUUACUUAGUUUUUUAGUGUAGUUUAUGAUAUUUUUUUGCUUCUCUUUUCUUUAAUUCUUUC